AUGUCACGGUCGUUUUUCGUCGAUUCUUUGAUAGUUAAAGAUACCCCGGCCACAGUGGUGUCGAAAACGGACUGUGUACCUAACCACUCUUUCGGCAUGCCCAUGGGUAUGGGACACAGACAACCGACCCCCUCUGCUCGUUUACCCACAGUGUCCCACAGUCUGCCCUGUUACCCUCGGCAUCCUCAAGAAAUGAUCAGUUUCUGUUGCCCCCUCUGCAUCCACACACCACACCCUGUGGUUCCUGAAAGUGCAGCUUCUGUUCCAGGAAUAGCCCCCACAUUCACGACAGCUUCUCUCACCUCUCGGGCAGUACCGGAUUAUAACUUCCAGAGGACUACGAUAUCGGCACUGACAACGAAGACGGCAAAACGGCCAAAAGACAAAAUAAGCCACCCUGUACUUCAGGACCAGAGGAAACCCAAGGCAUCUCCUGCUGGGGUGAGUAGCUCUACAGAGGAUUUAAGCAGCAAGAGAAUUAGGACAGCGUUUACCAGUACGCAGCUGUUAGAACUGGAACGAGAAUUUAACUCUAACAUGUACCUAUCCAGACUCAGGAGAAUAGAAAUUGCGACAUAUCUCAAUCUAUCAGAAAAGCAAGUCAAAAUAUGGUUCCAGAAUCGAAGAGUUAAGUUCAAGAAAGAAGGACAUGAUGAAACAAAUGAGAAGUGCCGGUGUCUUAGAACAUGUGCUCCGAAGCUGGAUAAACGUCGCAUGAACAAACAUUCUGAUGAUUCUGAAAUCAAACAUUCACAUGAAUUUGAUGACAAUGAGGACAGUUUUGACUGUGAACAAUCAGAGGAUUUGGAGCUUAAUAUUGACACUUAAUCUUGCCGAUGGUAUCUUGUGCAAUAUUUCUUAUGUGCAAUAAUUAAUUUGGAACUACAUGAUUGUUUAAGAAAAAUAAGCAGUUUCUUCGGAGGGAUACAAGUUAAAUGAGUACAUUUAAUACUGAAUUAAAUAUCGAGGAUUAUUGUACAUGCUUUCUUUGUUGCAAUGUUCUUUUCGUUGUAUUUGAAUAUGCAAACAGCAAAAUUUAUACAAGUGAAACAAUCAUUGUGAUAUUUUGAUAGUAUAAAUAUACGUGCGUUUGCAUUAGUUUUAAAGUUAUGGAUUAGAGUACACAAAAUUAAAAUGGGGGAAGGGAUUGUUCUCUAGUCAUGCAUUUUAUGAAAUGUCAUCAUUUUUAGAACAUACAAUGCAUGUGCAAAGUGCAAUUAUAGUUGUGUAAUUGAAUAAAAUUUUAAAAAUAUUUUGAUUUGGAGUCAUUUCAAAAUUCUAAUUGUUGAUAUCAAUGUAUCUUGAUAAGA